AUGCAAGCAAAAGAAUAUAUAAGAACUGAUAUAUCAAGCAUGAAGACGAAACAGCUCUUAAUCUUAAUCUGUGUCGUCGCCGUCCACCGCAUCGACGCAACCAAAUACGUGGUGACGAACACGGUCCCACACACCCCCGGCGGGAAGUUUUUCGACCAAGAGCUGGGCGUCCGCUACACCCUUGGACUGAUGCCCAUCCUCAACAGAGACAUCUUUUACAUCCUGAAAGAGCGAUACUCCUGGGAGCAGCGCAACGUGCCCGUGCUCAACGUCUACAUCUCGGAGUUCCCCGGCUACGCCUACAAGAACGGCAACAACAUCAACAUCAGCGCGUCCGCCUUGGACAACUUCUACUAUCCUCGCAACAAAUCGAAGCUCUUCUUCUCCAUGAUGCUCAUCCACGAGAUGACGCACGUCUUCCAGUGGCACGGCAACUUCGGGGCCCCCGGGGGCCUCACGGAGGGGACGGCCGACUACGUCAUGGUCAAGUCCGGGAUAUACGAGGAGGACAAGUACACGAAGCCCGGCGCCGGGAAGAGGUGGGACCAAGGCUACGGCGUGACGGAGAGGUUCUUGGAGUAUUGUGAUGGUUUGGUGGAGGAUUUCACGGUGAAGUUGAACAAGAUGAUGAGGUAUAAGUAUAGUGAUAGUUAUUGGGUUGAGUUGCUGGGGAAGCCUGUGGACCAGGUUUGGACAGACUAUAAGGCUAAGUAUGGGAAUAUGCCUCAAACUCAAAACUACUCCAUUGGUACAUUUCAAGGUUUAGAGUAUUGA